AUGAAGCUGACUCUGGCGGUUCCAUUUCUCGCAGCCGGUGCAACGGCCGCUGUCGUCAAUCAGACCACCUGUGGUGAUACCACUUACCAGUAUACCGGACUGGCUGGUUAUGGCUUCAUUCCUUCAAACGCCACCGAUAAAUAUGGCGACACAAUUGGAGGCAUCGGAAGCUCCAUCGCCAUCGACCAGUCAUCCUGGCGCAAACUAGGUAAAGAAGGAUACGCAGGGACUCUCUAUGCCGUCCCGGAUCGAGGCUGGAACACCAACGGCACAUUGAAUUUCCAAAACCGCAUCCAGAAAUUCAGCAUCUCCCUCAAACUAGCCCCCAACGCCUCCGCAUCCAACCCAUCAACCCCCAACAUCCGCCUCAAGUACGAGGAUACAAUCCUCCUCACAGGCCCAGAUGGCGAACCAACCACAGGCUUAGAUGCCGAUGUCACUGGCCACGCCUCAUACCCAGGCUUCCCCCCUCUACCCGUCGCAACAUACAAGGGUAAUGGCUACGGCGGCCCUGGCAAGGGUGGCCGGCGCCUCUCCGUCGACUCAGAGGGCCUGGUCCUCGAUCCGAACGGCGGAUUCUGGAUCUCGGACGAGUAUGGACCGUACGUGUACAAGUUCAGCGCAUCUGGACGCAUGGAGCACGCGAUCCAACCACCAGACGCAUUCCUGCCUCGCCGCAACGGCUCUAUCAGCUUCAAUUCCAACACCCCGCCACUCUAUAACCCCAAUGAGAUCCCCGUGCCGGAAGAUACCCAGUCCGGCCGUGCUAAUAACCAGGGAUUCGAGGGUUUGACUAUUUCCGCCGACGGAAAGACCCUCUACACGCUUAUCCAAAGCGCGCUGGAUCAGGAGGGUGGUCCGGGUAAAUCAUCUCGCGCAUCUGCCCGCUUGAUCGCGUAUGAUAUCUCGACCUCCAAGAAGCCUGAGUAUAUUCAUGAAUGGGUCGUUAUCUUACCCAACUAUGACGAUCCGGCGAAAUCCAAGUCUGUUGUUGCGGCGCAGUCGGAGAUCCAUCAAUUGCCCAGCGGCGAUUUCCUAGUCCUGGCGCGCGAUUCGGGACACGGGCGUGGCCAGGACGAUUCGCAGUCUUUGUAUAGACACGCAGAUGUUUUCUCUGUUAAGGGUGAUGCGACGGAUGUGAAGGGGAAGAAGAACUAUGACUCUGCGAAGGGGGCAAUUGCUUCUUCUAAGGGGAUUAUUGACUCUGAUAUCACUCCUGCACAGUAUUGUUCCUUCCUGGACUAUAAUGUUGAGAGUGAACUUGCUAAGUUUGGGCUGCAUAAUGGGGGCUCGCAGAAUCGGUUCUUGCUCAAUGAGAAAUGGGAGAGCUUGGCGGUUGUUCCUGCUAACCCCAAUGCAGAGGGAGGAGAUGAGUAUAUUCUCAUUAGUGUUAGUGAUAAUGAUUUUAUAACUCAAGAUGGACAUAUGAACUUUGGAAAGUUCCGUUAUAGCGAUGAUUCUGGCUUCAAUUUGGAUACCCAGGUUCUCGCCUUUCACUUGAAGAUUUAA